AUGCCAGGGUUUGGGACUAUGAAAACUGAAAUUAUGUUUACCAAUCCAGGUAAAAAUUGCUUGGUGGGUGUAGAAAGUAUUCAUGGGUUCUACUAUUUCAAGAGGUUUUAUGUUGGCUUCAAGGCUUUCAUAGAUGGAUGGAAUAGAGGCUACGAAAGGAUUAUAGGAUUGGAUGGUAGUUUCUUGAAUGAGCAGAUAAAUGGGUUUAUUCUAACUGUUAUUAGGAGAGAUGCAGACAACCAUGUAUACCCAAUAACAUGGGAAGUUGUGAAUGUUGAGAAUGAGGACAACUGCACCUGGUUUAUUAAUGAUUUGGUUGCUGAUUUGGAUCUUGUUGUUGGCAAUGGACUGGUUGUUAUCUCAAACCAACAUAAGAUACUUACAAUAUAUAUUAGUAUACACCUGCUUAAACUUGCACCUGCAAAUUAUGGAUGUUCUCUGGAAUACCAUGUGUUUAUGGUCAAGCUACAAUCAACUUCAUCCACACAUAUCCAAUUCAUUUCCUUUCUUCCUACUUCCAUAAGGACAAUUAGAAUGAUUCCUGGAAGACACAAAGUAAAGAAAGUAAAGCGUGCAUCUGAAUCACAAGAUGCCAAAUACCCCUCACAAAGGUUAAAGGUGCCUUGGACUAUAAGGUGUGGAAAUUGCCAAGAGUCUUGGCAUAAUAAGUUUUCAUGCACAAACCGUGAAGUACCUAUGCCUCCUGUCCCAAAAAGGAAGAUUGGAAGACCUAGGAAAGAUGGGGGAGGACAACCUAUCUUUGACCAAUUCCAUCCCCUUAGGUCUGUAAUACCAAGAAGGGAUGGUGCUCCUUUUGUUUAUGAAUGUGGUGGUCAAGAAGAUGCUCCUGCUAUUUUUAAAUCUAGUGUUCAAGAUGGUGCUCCUCUUGGUUCUCAAUCUGGUAGUCUUGUUGUUACUCCUAUGAAAAGGUCUAAUAUGAUGGCAACGAGAGGAGAGAAAGCUAAGGUUUCUGAACCAAGUCACAAACCAAAAAAUAAAUCCCAUGUUAAGCAACCUAUGAGUCAAGAGGUGAGGAUGCGUCCCUAA